AAGUUUUUCUUACUCGCGAUGCCAAGAGAGCGCGACGAGCGUCGUUUGCCCGGUCGGGAUCUCCGAGGCCGGGCUCACCAUCAGAUCGAGGCCGAGUUACCGUGGCCCGAACGCUUUUUCGCGGCCUGGUCCGGCAUCCAUAUUAUAGCGGCCGCAAUCGUUACGGCACUGGUGGCGAAGUUCAUCGUGCUAAAGUAUCAAGAAGCGGACCCUGGGCGAGACGCCCUGGUCGUUUCGUGGCACAAAGAUCCAACGCUGACAGUCUACAACUCAGUCGAGGACUCCUUGGACAUUCGUCGUAUCUUCAAGCAUAUUGGCGAUCAAGUGUUGAGCCGGAAGGAUACCCUCGACUACAUGCAACAGAGACUGAGUCCCGAUCAAAAGAUCCGUUGGGUGGCAUUGGUCGGCCCACCCGACGUUGGGAAGACCAUGAUAACUGAUGGCUUGCGCAAGACAUUCCCCUGGCAGGACAAAGUCUUUUUGUACUCUUGGAAUGCCAGCGCGCAACCCCUGAAAUGGCGAAACGAAAUAUCGCAGCAGUUAAUACACCAGCUUUCCAACUGCGGCACGAACCUGAUCGCGAUAGAUAUGAUCACAUGGGGAGACUUUACUGUGGGCAACACCUACAAGGGGAUGUUACUGAAUCGCUACUACAAUCUGAAAAACGGGAUGAAGAUGGCUACUCGUACGGAUUUGCUGUUGUAUGUCUUUGACUUGUCCUCCGAGAAUCUCGAGCAGCAGCUAGAAAAACUAUACAGCCGAAUAUCGAACGAGACGCCUAUAUUUAAGUUCCGUUCGCUUGACAUGGAGGGACUACAGAAUUGCCUCGUAGAGCAGGCCAGCUUUACAACCGAAUGGCCGAAGGCUACGCGGAUAAUACUGGGGCAGUUCGAAUGAUUCAACAACUGAUGCUACAAACCCAUCCAACCCACAAGAGGACACACAGCUUAACACUGAUCCACUCAGCAA